AUGCCCAACUCCCCUGGCGAAAGUGCCGUUGCUGAAUCUGCGUCUCCUGCUUUCCAGUCGUACCUCAACAACGAUGGCAUUGACCUGUUGACUCCUGCGUCCAGGAAACACAGAGUGUCGUCGUUGUCGCUUUCUGACUUGAACCAGUGGCAGACUGGUUUGACGAAACUCUCGUCCUCGACGUCUUUGAGCAAACAGGGCAGCAAUGCUAAUUUGAAGAAGGUUGACUCCUUGGCGAAGUUGUCGAGAAACUCGUCUAUUAUCAAGCGUAAGAAGAAGUCCAUUAUUGACCAUCCUAGAGUCGCUUCCUAUGCCUUUUGUUUCGAUAUCGAUGGUGUGCUAUUGAGAGGUCCAGACACGAUCCCCGUGGCCAAAGACGCCAUUAGAAUGUUGAACGGUGACAACAAGUACAAUAUCAAGGUGCCUUCCAUCUAUGUCACCAACGGUGGCGGUAAGCCUGAAAAGGUGAGAGCUGAAGACUUGUCCAAGAGAUUGGAGACUGAGAUCAAGGUCGAACAGAUUAUUCAGGGCCACACGCCUAUGAGAGACUUGGUUCCGCUUUAUAAGAACGUUUUGGUUGUCGGUGGUGUCGGUAACGUUUGCAGAAACGUGGCUGAAUCUUAUGGUUUCACCAACGUCUUCACUCCUUUGGAUAUUUUGAAGUGGAACCCAGCUGUUUCUCCUUACCACGAUUUGACCGAGGAAGAGAAGAUCUGCUGCAGAACCGAUGUGGACUUUUCAAAGGUGUCGAUCGACGCCAUUCUCGUGUUUGCAGACUCCAGAAACUGGGCUGCCGACCAGCAAAUCAUCUUGGAAUUGCUUUUAUCCAAGAACGGUGUCAUGGGUACCGAGUCCAAGAAGUACAACGAGGGCCCAGAGAUCUACUUUGCCCACUCUGAUUUCAUUUGGGCCACCAACUACAAGUUGAACAGAUACGGUAUGGGUGCUUUGCAAGUGUCCAUCGCCGCCUUGUACAGAGAACACACUGGUCUUGAAUUGAAGGUCCAUAGAUUUGGUAAGCCUCAGGCAGGUACCUUCAAGUUUGCCAAUAAGGUGUUGAAGAAGUGGAGAAGAGGUAUGUUGGACGAGCACUUGAAGAAGCUCAAUGUCAACGACCCUAACGCUCUGCAGGCUGAUAUCUUGAUCAACGACGAUGGUGAAGAAUUCAUCAACCAGGCCAAGUUGGACUCUGGUAACUACGAAUCCGACGAAGAGAAUGCUGAUUCCGAUGACGAAGAAGGUAAGACGAUUGGCAAGUUGGGUGAAUUGACUUUGGACGACAAGAUCCAUUUGCAGUUGCCUCCAGCAUCUACAGUUUACUUCGUGGGUGACACCCCAGAAUCUGAUAUCAGAUUCGCCAACUCCCACGAUGACUCGUGGUUCUCUAUUCUUGUCGAGACUGGUGUCUACCAGGCUGGCACUGAACCAAAGUAUAAGCCAAAGCACCAGUGUGACAAUGUCCUCGAGGCUGUUAAGUUCGCCAUCGAGAGAGAGCACGAAUUGGAGUUGAAGGAAUGGAACGAGACCGCCGACUUCGAUGAAGACAGCAAGGUUUCCUCCAAGAUCAACUUCAACGACUUUAUCAUGACGCCUAGCGAAAAGAAGGAGGCCGAAGAGAAGGAGCAGAAGAAGCUCCAAAAGGAAAAGACCAAGAACACAAAGACAGUGGAGGAGUCUGGCGCCAUCGAAGUGCCAGAGGGACUCAGUGCAGAACUCGACAAGUUCAAGGGAACCUGA